UAAUUUCGUUUGUUGAAUAGGUAUACCGUGCAACACAUCGCCUGCUGCUGUUGGGAGCUGGAGAAUCUGGCAAGUCUACCAUUGUGAAACAGAUGCGCAUUUUACACGUAAACGGAUUCAGCGAAAAGGAAAAGAAGCAAAAGAUCGAAGAUAUAAAAAAGAAUAUUAGAGAUGCCAUUAUAACAAUUACAGGGGCAAUGUCAACACUGAGCCCUCCUGUACCUUUAGAAAAACCGGAAAAUCAAGCACGAGUCGACUGGAUACAGGACUGCGCAACCGGUCCAGAUUUCGACUACCCCCCAGAAUUCUAUGACCAUACAGAAGCUCUCUGGAAGGAUAGGGGCGUACAGUCUACCUUCGAGAGAAGCAACGAAUAUCAGUUGAUCGACUGUGCAAAAUACUUCCUUGAUCAAGUUAGUAUAAUCAGACGGCCAGAUUACACCCCCACAGAGCAGGACAUCCUACGUUGUCGUGUCCUUACCAGCGGAAUAUUUGAAACGCUCUUCCAAGUUGACAAGGUCAACUUCCAUAUGUUUGAUGUUGGUGGUCAAAGAGACGAGAGACGUAAAUGGAUCCAGUGCUUCAAUGACGUAACAGCGAUAAUUUUCGUCACAGCGUGCAGCUCCUACAACAUGGUCUUGAGAGAAGAUCCGACUCAGAACAGGCUGAGGGAAAGCCUAGAUCUAUUCAAGUCGAUAUGGAACAACAGAUGGCUGAGGACCAUAUCCGUCAUUCUGUUCCUCAACAAGCAAGAUCUCCUUGCCGAAAAAAUUUUGGCAGGCAAAAGCAAAUUAGAAGACUAUUUUUCUGAGUUUAGCCGUUACCAAAUUCCGGUUGAAGUGGCCAAUGACCAUAGCGAACCGCCGGAAGUUUUCAAAGCCAAGUACUUCAUAAGAGAUGAGUUCCUGCGUAUAAGUACAGCUUCAGGCGAGGGUAAACACUACUGCUAUCCGCAUUUUACCUGUGCAGUCGACACUGAGAACAUCAAAAGAGUGUUUAACGAUUGUCGUGACAUAAUCCAACGUAUGCACCUUCGUCAGUACGAACUAUUAUAACCGCCCACCUCAUUUUAUAGCAUCUUUCUUGUCUCCAGCGCUAAUGUCCUCCCAUCUAACAUUCGCUUACUAUUUGUCAAAUAAAAAAAUUAUGAUCGGCGUAGAAAGAUCGUAUUUUCUAGUUCAUUCAUAUGGUAGAUGA